UCUCUAGACUCUCUCUCUCUCUCCUCUGCUUCUCUCUCUAUAAAUUCCAUUGGCAAGCUCUCUGCAUCUCCGCAAUUCGAAAAAGCUCUGCAUUCUCUUCACUGCUCUGUUUCGCGCUUGCUUAUUUAACAUCAAGCUCCCACUGCAAUCCGGUCAGGAAGUUGCCAUGGAAGACGACUUUGAUUUCUCAGCUGCCACCAACAACCUCAACGACGCCGGUGACUUGGACCUUCCCGACGCCGAGGACGACGCAACUAGCCCAACUCUCAAGGUUGGUGAUGAGAAGGAGAUCGGGAAGAACGGCCUCAAGAAGAAGCUCCUUAAAGAAGGUGAAGGCUGGGACACUCCCGGCUCCGGCGACGAAGUUGAAGUGCAUUACACUGGGACUCUGCUGGACGGAACGAAAUUCGAUUCGAGCCGUGACCGUGGGACCCCUUUCAAGUUCAAUCUCGGACAAGGACAAGUGAUUAAGGGAUGGGAUGAAGGAAUCAAAACCAUGAAGAAGGGCGAAAAUGCGGUUUUCACCAUACCGCCUGAGUUGGCCUACGGUGAGUCUGGAUCCCCUCCAACGAUUCCUCCGAAUGCCACACUUCAGUUCGAUGUGGAGUUGCUUUCCUGGACGAGUGUGAAGGACAUUCUCAAGGACGGCGGAGUUAUGAAGAAAAUUAUCACCGAAGGAGAGAAAUGGGAGAAUCCGAAAGACCUUGACGAAGUGUUUGUUAAGUACGAGGCUCGGCUUGAAGAUGGGACUCUUGUUUCGAAAUCCAAUGGGGUCGAGUUUACUGUCCAGGAUGGCUAUUUCUGCCCCGCCUUGGCAAAAGCUGUGAAAACAAUGAAGAAAGGCGAAAAGGUCCUUUUGACUGUAAAGCCACAAUAUGGAUUUGGAGAGGCGGGCAGGCCAGCUAUAGGGGAUGAAGGCGCAGUGCCGCCAAAUGCGACCCUUGAGAUAGCGCUCGAGUUGGUAUCGUGGAAGACGGUUUCUGAUGUUACCAAAGAUAAGAAGGUCCUCAAAAAGACAUUGAAGGAGGGAGAGGGGUAUGAGCGCCCGAAUGAUGGGGCGGUUGUUAAAGUGAAACUUGUUGGGAAGUUGCCUGAUGGCACGAUCUUCACAAAGAAGGGCCAUGAUGACGAGCCAUUCGAGUUCAAGACGGAUGAAGAGCAAGUAAUUGAGGGACUCGAUAGAGCUGUGAAGAACAUGAAGAAAGGUGAAGGGGCUCUUGUGACCAUUCAACCAGAAUAUGCAUUCGGGUCGACCGAAUCAGCACAAGAUUUGGCUGUGGUUCCUGCAAAUUCGACGGUCCAUUAUGAGGUGGAGCUGGUCUCCUUUGUCAAGGACAAGGAGUCUUGGGACAUGAACACACAAGAAAAAAUCGAAAGCGCUGGGAAGAAGAAGGAAGAAGGGAAUGCACUCUUCAAGGCUGGUAAAUACGAAAGAGCCUCCAAGAGAUACGAAAAGGCUGUGAGGUUUAUCGAAUAUGACUCCACUUUCGGCGACGAGGAGAAGCAGCAGGCGAAGGCGCUGAAAAUAACCUGCAAUCUGAAUGAUGCUGCGUGCAAGCUGAAACUCAAGGACUACAAGCAGGCUGAGAAGCUCUGCACAAAGGUUUUGGAUUUAGACAGCCGGAAUGUUAAGGCUUUGUACAGGAGGGCGCAAGCGUAUAUCCAACUUGUGGAUUUGGACUUAGCAGAGCUGGAUAUCAAGAAGGCCCUUGAGAUAGACCCCGACAACAGGGAUGUGAAACAGGAGUAUAAGGUAUUGAAGCAGAAAGUGAGAGAGUACAACAAGAAGGACGCGCAGUUCUACGGCAACAUAUUUGCAAAAAUGAACAAGCAGGAGCCGGUGCCGAUGACCAUCGACAGCAAGGCUUGAUUGAGGUUGUCAUGUAAUUGAAACAAAAUUUGAGGUUGUGUGCAUUUUUGAACAAGAUUAGUAAUGUAAAGCCUGGGAUCUGUCAAAAUGUUUGUGGCUAAAUGUGCUUCUGACAGUUAAAAAGUGCUUGUAAAUAAAAGUGCUUUUGCACCAUAUAAGCGUAUUUGAGAAGUGUUUGCUUCUAUUGUUUUUCAA